AUCAAGCAUUUUGGACUUCCGCUGUCGUAACUCUUCUAUCUAUAUGGCGCUGGGUACGACCAGAGCCGUAUAUGGCGCUGGGUACGACGGUAGAAGUCUAUUUACAGUCACACGUCGUUCAUUCUAUAUAAAUGAAUGAGCUACGGGAAUCCACAAUUAUGUUGGACACUGUUUAAUCUAUGUGUACAUUGACAAUGUAUGUAGAAUAUAAAAGAGCAAGUACCGGUAAUUUUUAACUCCGUGCUGACGUAGACUUUUAUUCUGAAGGAAUUGCUCCGGAUGUUGUCCUUUUCACUGUAAUAUUUCCGGUGGCAGGCUUAAGCAUCUGUGCAGCCGACUGUAGAAACACGUAAAACAGCACAUUUGCUUAGAAAUAGUUUCCCUUUGGUGUAUUCACUCUUCGGUGGAGGAGUUUGAAUGCCCUCUUGAACACCAACAUGUACCGCCCGGUUAAACCUGGACACGACAUGUACCGCCCGGGUAAACCUGGACACGACAUGUACCUCCCGGGUAAACCUGGACACGACAUCUACCGCCCGGGUAAACCUGCACACGGCCCGCCGCCGUUCGGACCUCUGCCACCCCAUGGCCCUCCUUUCAGACACGGAGGGCCCUGUAGGGGUCCCCCCCCAGGACACACACCACCUGCACCUUGCGGACCCUUUUCAGCCACACCGCCGGAUAACCAUUAUCUCCACAACAGGCCACCAAGAGGUCAUUUCACGAGACCCCAAUGUAGCAGCUUCUCCAUAGACCGUAGUACUGUGAUUGCUGUGGGAGGCAGCCAGCAGAUCGUCCCUCCUCCACAACCACUGCAUAUUCCCAUCCCAAAGUGGAAUACAACUCCGGUUGAACAUCCUCCAGACAGCAGUGACCAAGCUGGUGAGGAAUUCCUGAGAUGCAUCGCAACAAACAAGCCUUUGCCAGACUAUCUCAAAGGGAACAUGGCAUACAACCUGGCUGAAGCUUUUAAGUCGGCAAGUGUCCUGAAAGAAGCAAUGAAAUCAAACCCUGAGUUCCAGAAGAAUACAUCCAGGAGCAGAAGCCGCAGUCGAACCCGCGGAAAAUCUCGAGCCAAGAGCCGUGCAAGAAGCAAAAGCCGAUCGCCAGACCGAAGCGGACGGAGCAAAAGUCGUGCUCGGGGCAAGAGUCGGCCAAGAAGCAAGAGCAGGGCAAGAAGCAAAAGCAGGGCGAGAAGCAAAAGCAGGGUCCGCAACAGGAGUCGGAGCCACAGUCGAAGCAAGAAGAGUCAUGUGCGGAGCAAGAGCCGGGUCAGGAGGUCCAAGUCACGAAGCAGCAGUGCUGAAAGGAGGCAUGGAAAAGACAAAAAGAGAAAGAGGAGCACCAGCCCCAGCUUUGGCAGCAGUGUUGGCAUCAGUCAUAAUCUGACGGAAAAUAGUCUGUUAAAAGGACUGAAGCUGGUCAUGAACAGCAAAGAACUGGAGGAGCGGAUGCCCACUCUCAAAGAUGCCAUCCUCACUAUUCAGGGUUCAGAUGGAAGCAGAAAAGUGGAGCGUGUUCAUGAAGAGCUCAGACAUCAGCAACAUGAGAGCAAUGAUAAUUCAUCAUCAUUGGAAAAUGACAGUAUGCUGCUUCCUCAUGACAGAGUAGGGAGCGACUUCUCUUGGCUGCAGGCGCAGAGUCAGCAGGAAUCCGCAGUCCUGAAGGCUGAGGAGCUUGAAGAUGAAGAGUCGUUCUUGUACGGUAAUGAAGACACUGGAGAAAAACAAACCAAUAAAUCCUCCACCACACUUUUUGCAGCAUACAAACCACAGGGAAUGGAUAGUUCAGAAAGUCAACAGAACAAGCCCAUUUUCAGUAGCUUUGGGGAUCUGCUUGAUCUCAAGCAAACCCUUCAAAGGACUUCCUCGAGCGUAGCCUCUGCCAGUCUGGACAGCAGUGAGUGUGAGAAGAUCAAGAACAUAUUAAAAAGUCUGGACACAGUAGACGUCGGCAAGAUCAUGGGGAAGAUCCAGGGUCAAAAGGUGGAGAAGCAGCGGUCUCCUGCACCUUCCAGUUCAGAGCGGGCAGCAGCAGCCUUAGCCCUGCCCGAGCUGGGUAACCCUAAUGUACGGCAAGCUCUGCAGUCCCUACAGUCACUGAUCAAAGCAACAAAGGAGAAGCGUGAACAAAAUGAUGGCAGUGGUACAUCGCAGACAUCCUCUGAUAAUCACAAGGCACGUGACAAUGAGGAAGGGAAGAAUGACAAACAAGCCCGGAUAAAAAAAAUGGAAUCCUUGAUGAAUGAGCUGGAAGGAUUGUUGAAACAGGAUGGAUUGAGUUUUCUGUUACCAGUGAUUGGGUUUUACUGUCAGAAAUGUGAGGAGUUCAUUGGGGAUUUGAGUAGUGCUGAAACCCAUGCAGCCAUCCACCGCCAUGGGAACUCGGGUAGUCAUAAAGCGCGGAUGGACAGGAAUGCUGAAGACAGCAAGGGACCCUCGCGCCAUUUGAGCAGCAGCUCUGCUUAUCCACAACCCUCAGACAGGAGGGACCACAGGGGCUCUGAAUACAGAGACUCAGCAGAGCACAGGAGUCACAGAGACCCCCAGCGAGACCCCCAGCAAAACUGGAGGGACGACAGAGAUCACAGAAGCAAAAACCACAACGAGGGCGGGAGCCACGGAGACGCCAUGGGAAACAUGUCCUUGAAACAGGAGAUGAGGAAGGAGAGGCUCCUCAUCACGGUGUCUCGUGGACAGACCCCUCCUCCUAAAGGGAGGGCCAAAAAGGAGGUAAACAAGGAGCAGAACAUCGGGAGUCAUAACAAAAUCAAAGUGGAAGACACUGACGGCAAGGGAAAUCAAUCCAAGAGCAGCGGAGAAAAGAAAGGCCUAGUAAAAUAUGAAAGCAGCGACAGUAGUGAUGAUGACAAAGGUAAAGCACAGAAAGACAAAUCCCCUAAAAAGAAAAAGAAGAAGAAGAAGGAGAAGAAGAAAAAGAAGGAGAAGUCCUAAGUGUUGAGUUAUGCUUGAACCUACACUGAGAACCACAUGGUUAUUUUUUAUAUGUAUGAUCCGCAGAGGAAGGAGUUUUCAUGGUGUAAGGAAGUGCACUUCCCUUAGAUAAAGAUUCAUAUAAAUGUUAUCUUUGUGAGUCUGGUUGAGAGGGUUCUCGCCUGAAGUUUUGAGUUCUUUGAGGAGUAAGUUCCUCGCUCUGCUACUUCCAAACACAUUCGAGACUCAUCUCUACUGGACGCACAGGUGACAUUUCGAAAAUCUUCUUUGGCUGUAAAUCGUCCAAAAUGUCAGCAUGCUUAUUUUGCUUUGUUGCUUCCUACAGAUUUGACAAUGAGAAUGAAUAUGUUGCUGUACAGUAAGCUUACAGUAAGCUUUCAGUUAACCCCCACAUCCUGGUUUGAUGUUUCAAGUCAGUGUUUGAAUUAUUGUAUUAAUACCAUAGUUACCGUGUACCGUGAUGGAAAUGUGAUGUGUGUAUUUUGCAGUUGUGUUCCACUUUCCAACUUGUCUGUAUUUUUAUCUGAAAUACAAGAUCACACACAAGUCUGUCUCCUGUUUUGACAUUUUGAAAUAAAGAAAUGUGUUUACCACAUCAUUUGAAUUAGUCAAAUGCUAUUGCAAUCAAGAGAUCAGAUGAAUGCUUCAUGGGUUUGCAGUGCAUUGGCUAGAAUGAUAGCAAAAAGAAGACAGUUUACAGGAUAGCAGAAUCCUUCACAUACUGUAGCAUUAUAGAAAGUCAAAUGCUGUAGGGUAGUGUUGUAUUUAUGAUAUCUUACGUUUAUAUAUCUUUAAAACUACAUUAAAGGAGACAUGUC